UUCUAGUGUCGGUCGGCAAGCCAACACAACCUAGUAAAAAUUAAAAUAAAAUUAGAACAAAAAAUUUAAGAAUAGUCGAAAAAUAAAAAGUGAACCUUUUUUGAAACCUUAGCUAGUGAAAAUAAUAUUUUGAAACUUUUGAAAGGGAAAAUAAUUAGUGUUUUAGUGAAAGCGAAAUAUUUAGUGAAUAGUACUAGGAAACCAGGAUCAAUUAAUUUCCAUUAUGGAAGCCGUGCGUAAUCCUCGAUCCCAAUCGGCUAGGGCCAAAUGCAUUGCCUCCCAGAAGUCCCAAUCGAUGAACGAAAAGUAUAGCGAGGAGGAAAAGAUGACGAUCGCUGAGAUGAAGCAGCUCUAUCUGCAGACCAUCCAACUGGAUGUGGAGCUGCAGCGAGAGAUCUACAACAUGGAGAAAAAGUUUGAGACCAAGCACAAUGAGAUAUUUGAAAAACGGAAGAAGAUCUUGCAGGAUUUUAAGAAAAAGAACCAUGGCGAUUCCACGCCCAAUGACAACGUGACAAACUUUUGGUUGCGUGUGCUGAAGGCCUCCUACACGGAGUUUAUCAGCAAGAAAGAUGAGAAGAUAUUGGGUUAUUUAAACGACAUACGCACCAAGCUCUACAACGAUCCGGUGGUCAAGUUUGAGGUGCAAUUCCACUUUGACAAGAACGAAUUCUUCACCAAUGAUGUGCUGGUGAAGACCUAUUACCUCAACUGUGUGCCAGACAUUGAGGAUCCCCUAUCGUACGAUGGCGCCGAGAUCUACAAGACUGAGGGCUGUAAUAUUGACUGGAAUCAUCCCCAGGAUCGCAUAACCAAGGAUUCCGAUCAAACAUUCUUCGAAUUCUUCAAUCCGCCAACUUUGCCAAAGGAUGUUGAUGACCCAAACUACUGUGACAUUAAUGCCAUAUUGCAGAAUGAUUUUGAGCUGGGCUUCUAUCUGAAGGAGCGUGUCAUUCCCAAGGCUGUUAUAUUCUUCACAGGUGAAAUUGCCGACUGCCAGAGCUCUAGCGAUUCGGAAACGGACACUGAUGACACGGAGGAGUCGGAUGCCGAUGAAGUGGAGGAUGAAGGAUCCUCCAAUGGUGCCGAUAAAUAAGCACAAAUCAUACACAUACCAUACACAUUCAUACACACAUACCAUACACAUUCAUACACAUUUCAGUCUCUUCCGAGACAAGAGUUUUUACAAUAUUUUCACGCUUUUCUGACUUGCAAUUGAAGGAGAGAGACCCACCAUAAACAUUACACUUACAUGUCCUAUACCCAAAAAAAAACACGAUAUUUCAAAGCUUUUACCCCAACAACAAUUUCAAAGAAGAUACCAAAUAAGCAUUACACAUGAUACAUAUAUGUACACACACAUUAAACAACACA